AAGUGUCAGUUACUUCAUUUGUCAAACCAGUAUAAGUAUAAAUAUCCCUUGCCCCUCCUUCUAAUGGGUAUUCAUGGGUAUAAAUAGGUUUUAGUUUAUCUAAUAGAACCGUCUUAGGAGUCUGUUUUUUGAUCCGAUAAAAAUGAUAAUAUUUGUUAUAAAAAUCUCGUUUUUUGACGACUAUAUCUCCAACUUUCAUUUUCUUUCUAAUAUACUAUAUAGUUAUUUCUUUAAGCCACUUUCAUAUAUAAUUAUUUUCAAUCUAGCAUAGGAAAUAAGUUUUUAACCUAGCAUAGGAAAUAAGUUUUUAACCUAGCAUUGGAACCCUAGCAUAGGAAACCUAGGAUGUGAACCUAGCAUAGGAAACCUAGGAUGAAAAAGACAUUUGAAAAAAAUCUCAAAUCAAGCGUAGUGAACCUAGGAUUAAAAUCUAUGUUCAAAUAUGUUUCUAGUAUAUCAACAAUAGGGUCGAUUAAUUACUUCGUAAUUACCAAUCUCUCGAUCUAUCGAAYAUCAAAUCAUCUCCGCAAAUGCUCUAAUGAUAAAAYCAUAUUGACUAAUAUUAUCUUCAAUAAUAUUAAAAACAUUAAUAAGGCAACCAUCGGAGCUCCACUCCUCUUCCCACCAAGUUGCCUUGGAAUUUUUAACACUCCUCCAUCCCCUGCUCACCUGCGGCUGCGCUGCCGAGGAGCUAAAUUCCAGCUUCGCUUGGUUACCCAUUUUUUAUUUCAUUAAUAAUAUCUAGGCAAUAUUUCAAUCGGAUGAUAUCAAGCCUAAAAACCAACUGCAAAAUCAAAACAUAUAUCCAAAGGCUAAAUUGCGUCCGAAUCGGCCAGUGCCUACUACUGGGUCAAUGUUGUGCAGCUUGUUCAUCAGCCAAGACCAAUGAAAGAAGCAAGGAAUCUAGAAAACGAAAAAGUGAUGGUGAAAUCCACAUAUUCCAUAAYGAGCGCUAUUUUUCUGAAGAUGACUGGAAAAAGAAAUCAGAGAUAAUUAACAAGAAGCUAAAGGCAAGCAAAACCAGAGAAGCUCGGCUGGCAGAAAAAUUUCAAGACCAACUGAUUGACCUGGAAUCGGAUGACCACAAUGAUCUGGCAUGGAUUAUGGAUAAUGAGAAUAACAAUAUACCUGAAGACAUGAAGACUCUAUGGCAUCAACAGAUCGAGAUAACACAAACUGCAUCAAAAAAUGGAUAUCGAUGGCAUCCAAAGAUCAUCAAACUUUGUUUGGAAUUAUACUGUAAAAAUCCCCAUGUACUUGAGCCUCUGCGCAAUGUUAUGCACUUACCUAGUAACAGGUCAAUAAGGUACUACAAGAACAAGUGUGAGCAGCAGUCUGGCUGGAACAAAAACAUAGUGGAGUGGUGUUUAAAGGAUGCUAGAGAAAGAAACCUGAGGGAAUGUGAUUACUGGGGUGGAUUUGUCAUAGAUGAAAUGAAGAUAGAGGUAAUGAUCAUAUUAUUAUAAAAUCUGA